AUGGAGAUCCCUUGCCUGAGUCCUGCAGUUGCAGACGAUAUCGUCCCAGAUCUAGCCCAGAUAUUCAAUGAUAACCCAUUCAAGUCAUUGAGAGAACAGAAGAUCAGCGUCCCUGUUCUCUGCGGUCCGCAUGAGCAAGGUCCCACCGACACCCACAUCAACAUCUUUGGGCAGGAGUUCCGAACGCAUUCCAGCUUAAUCAAAAAACACACUGGGAUCUGGAAGGAACGGCAGCGCGGUGAGUAUGCUGAGCGCCGCGGACACUACUUCGAGGCGAGGACUGAGAAAGAUGGUGGUUGGGGGAUCUACCGGAAGGGAGCGAAAUACUACCGUGAUUAUCCCGAAAUGCCAGAUGAACGCAUUCCGAGCGCCAUUGAGUCUUUCCAUUGCUUCCUGCAAGCGCUGUACCUCAAGCCUGUACCAUACGUUGGCAUCAAAGGAUGGCGGAGGAUGGUGCUACUGGGAAUACGCUUCCAGGCAGUGCCUCGAGUGCGAGAAUAUAUUGAGAAGAUUAUACUUCCCUGGACGCUUACGUCUAAGCCCCUCCUUGGUCUCACUGAGGAUAUCCUCGCCUAUACUAAGAUGGCACAAGACAUCCAGUGUACCCAGCUCUACCGCGAAUGCCUCAUCCAUCUCGUCGGAAUGGCGCAAUACUGGGGACGGAACGAGUUUCAUAACGCUGAAAACAUACUCACUCCCAGUGCAUACGCUUCAUUGAUUCGUCACGUCGGAACACAACGACAACUGAUCGAGAAAGCGGAUGUCGCUCUCCACACGUUCAUUCGGACUCUAGCAACGCAGAAGCCGCGACGGAUACCGAACUUCCUGCUCCGGCAGUUUACAGACACGGUGGAUAACAUCACCGGUCUGAAUGGGCGCAAUAUGAACUCGCUGGGUUAUUAUCAGCAUAUACGUUUAGUUCUCAACGAUAUGCAGCUGAGGUUACCGCGGGGUUCUACGUACAACAUGUGUCAUAGACUAUGGCAGUUCAUUGGAUGUCUGUGUGUGAAUGGUCUUCUGUAUACCCAAGAUCAAGUUAAGGGCUACCCUGUCUGCAUAUCGCCUACGGAUAUUGAGCUACCAUGGGUGCUUGCCAACGCACCAGAGGCCCAAGCGGAGGAGCAAGUUCCAGACGCCAUGAUUGAAAUGGAAGGCUAA